UGAUCUUCCAUUUCGAGAGUUCAGGCCUCAGCCUGAUGCGAUGGCAAAUGGCUCGGGCGCCUUUUGCCCGGGCUUGCUAAGGACGGGAGCAACAAAAUCGCGGGAGCUGCCAUACGGAUGGAGGAAGGCUCUGGCCGAAGAUGUUCUGAAGUUAAUGAGCAAAUAAUCCUUGAAGGCAAGGAGCGGCUCGACUCGCUCGGGCCAGCGGCUUCAGAACGGUUUAAGGGGAUCCAGGCGAUCGGGGAUGUUCCGGAGGCGAUGCGGAACAUUGCCAAGGCGCAUCACCUCUCCGCCUCGAACUUCAGCCGCAAACGGCAACAGCUUCAAAGGCGCCGCGCCCUGCCAAGCAUGCCGUGGCCCCAGCGCUGCGGAGUUCCGGCGCAUCCCCCGGGGAUGGUGAAAAGCAAGGCGGGGGCCGGUGUGGCGCCGAUUGCUUGGCGACGCCGCCCAGCUUGGGCAUGACCCCGCGGAACAUUACCCCGCGAAACUUUACCCCGCGCAGCUUUUAUACUCGCGGCGGAUCGCGGACGAGGAGGCGCGCAU